AUGGCUGAUACGCAACGCAGCACGGCUGCUAAACGUGCCACUCGAAACUCUCUUUCGUGUGCACAGUGUCGAUAUAAGCAUCUUCGCUGUGACGGGCAAAAGCCCGCCUGCUCACGAUGUGCCGCUGAUGCCAAACAAUGUGUGUAUCCUGAAUCCAGAAGGCGUGGUAAUCCCAAGCAAAAGCCGAGCCAGCCUCCUCCCGCUGUUGUGUAUGAGAGCUCGGUUGAGUCCUCACUGGACCACCAAGUCUCAGCCACUCCUUCCAGUUCUUCUAUCGCCACCAGCGGAGAGAUCGAGAUGGCCCCAAAUCUGAGUUCUCAUUUAUUGAGACUUUAUUACAGCUUCUUUCAUGCGGCACACCCAUGCACAUUACCAUGUCCGGCUAUGAAAACUCGACUAGCCGAUCCAAGGGUGCAACAUCUUCUCCAAGUCAUGUGCUAUGUGGGCUCUAUUUUUGACAACUCUGGUUCAUCUUCGGAAAUAUGGAGUCAAAGUGCACAUCAUGCAAUAUCCCAAAUCAGAACCAAGGCGAGCCCAGACCCGUUCGACGUACAAGCCCUGUUGCUGUAUGCCAUUGCUAUCUAUUGGUGCAAUGAACCCGAAUACGGGGUUGAGCUACUAAAUGAGGUUAUACGGAUGGCAGUGACCCUUGGGAUGAAUAAAAAUCAAUUUGCCAAGACCUAUGGGGAGGGCAAUGCUGUUGUUGAGGAAAGUUGGCGCCGAACUUGGUGGGUCAUAUACAUAACGGAUGCCCAUAUUGCCGGCUCUACCCACGUAUAUCCAUUCCGGACGAGCGGUGUUGAAAUAACCACUGAUCUUCCUUGCGAGGAAGAGCAAUAUGAGAGACAAAGCAUACCCCCUCCGAGGUCAUUGGACGAUUACGAAAAUCGAGAAUUUCUCGGCGAAGAAGAAGCAACAUUUUCAUCGUACGCUGAGCUUAUUGGCUUGACUCUUGGAAUUGACCGGGCGCUAUCGCCCGGGAACACUGAAGAUGACCAACUCUACAAAGCAAUGGCGGCCGGCUCUGAUACCAGCGUACAGGGGUGGUUCUCUUUGCUUUCCCCAUCAAAGCGAGACCUUAUACGACCUGAUGGCUCCUUCGAUGAGGUUAUGUUCAAAGCUCUGUUCAUAAUGCAUACGUACGCGGUUGAAAUCCAUCGACCACUCUCCGCAUUGACGCAUAGUGGCAUUGAGUCUGUUUCUCGAUGUGCUCCAUUAGCCCCCUCGGACCGGCUCAAAUGCAACGACACAAAAGAGCGUGAUUUGCAUACCUUGAAGUGCACCACAGCAAUAGACGGCAUCGUUGAGCUACUGACUCUUCCAAGUAGUAUGACGAACCACUCCCCUUUCAUCAUCUGCAUGAUUGCCAAUGUCACCAUUGCACAUCUGAGCGCUUGUCGAUUUCUUUACUCAGGCGAAAAACGAUCCAGAAGCCGUGAAAAGAUUCGAUUGACUAUGGGCACCCUGAAACGUUUAAGCGAGCACUGGACCCUGGGCAAGCGAACCUAUCAUGAAAUCGGAAUCAUUGCCCGAGAAGUCCUGUCCCUUACAAAAGACCCGCCUGUGAAUCCAGGUACUGUCGAUGUUCCGGUUCCGCAUGCAACAUCGCUCGAAAUCCCUGCUUUUGAGGUGUUUUCAAAUCCAGAAUUUGACUUUUGUACACUUUUUGACGCUGGCAUACCCAGCUUCAACGAGCUGAACUCACAGUUUGUUGUUGAAUAA